UUUCCAGAGCCAAAGAUGUUUAUCUUGCUCUAUGUUACAAGUUUUGCCAUUUGUGCCAGUGGACAGCCUCGGGGUAAUCAGUUCAAAGGAGAGAGCUACUCCCCAAGAUAUAUCUGUAGCAUCCCUGGCUUACCUGGACCUCCGGGACCCCCUGGAGCGAAUGGUUCCCCGGGGCCCCAUGGUCGGAUCGGCCUUCCAGGACGAGAUGGUAGAGACGGCAGGAAAGGAGAGAAAGGUGAAAAGGGGGCUGCAGGUUUGAGAGGUAAGACUGGACCACUGGGCCUUGCUGGAGAGAAGGGGGACCAAGGAGAGACUGGGAAGAAAGGACCCAUUGGACCAGAGGGAGAAAAAGGAGAAGUAGGUCCAGCUGGGCCUCCUGGAGCAAAGGGGGACAGAGGAGAGCAAGGGGAUCCAGGGUUGCCUGGAGUUUGCAGAUGUGGAAGCAUCGUGCUCAAAUCCGCCUUUUCUGUUGGCAUCACAACCAGCUACCCAGAAGAAAGGCUACCGAUUAUAUUUAACAAGGUCCUCUUCAAUGAGGGAGAGCACUACAAUCCUGCAACAGGCAAGUUCAUCUGUGCCUUCCCAGGGAUCUAUUACUUCUCUUAUGAUAUCACAUUGGCGAAUAAGCACCUGGCAAUCGGGCUGGUGCACAACGGGCAGUACCGGAUAAAGACCUUUGACGCCAACACUGGGAACCAUGAUGUGGCUUCGGGGUCCACGGUCAUGUAUCUGCAGCCAGAAGAUGAAGUCUGGCUGGAGAUCUUCUUCACCGACCAGAACGGCCUCUUCUCAGACCCGGGUUGGGCAGACAGCUUGUUCUCCGGAUUUCUCCUGUAUGUUGACACAGAUUAUCUAGAUUCCAUAUCAGAAGACGACGAGCUGUGA